AUGUCAUAUAUUUUAUUUUUAUUUAGUAUGCUGUUGAUUAUGGGUUUUGUGGGUUUCUCUUCUAAGCCUUCUCCUAUUUAUGGGGGUUUAGCAUUGGUUAUUAGUGGUGUAAUUGGUUGUAUUAUUAUUUUAAACUAUGGUGGUACUUAUAUAGGUUUAAUAAUAUUUUUGAUUUAUCUAGGAGGUAUGAUGGUUGUUUUUGGUUAUACUACUGCGAUAGCUAUUGAAGAAUACCCCGAAGCGUGAGUCUCAGGGUGAGAGGUGUUGGGUAGUCUUUUGACUGGAUUGAUAAUGGAAGUAGGUUUAAUUUUGUGGGUCUUAGACUGCAAUGAGUUGGUAGUAGUAAUUAAUUUGAAUAGUAUGGGGGAUUGGGUAAUUUUUGAAGGGGAGGGGCCAGGGUUAAUUCGUGAGGAUUCUAUCGGUGCGGGUGCAUUAUAUGAUUAUGGGCGUUGAUUGGUGGUAGUUGUUGGUUGAACAUUAUUUGUUGGUGUAUAUGUUGUUAUUGAAAUUACUCGAGGUAAUAGA